AUGGAUCCCUAUCGACCUCCUCCAUACGCGCCGUACCGACCGCCCUAUAGCAUGCCGGGCAGUAUACCAAGUGGAAUUCCAAACUUUGGCCAGCCAAUGCAUAGACCAGGCUUCGUUCCAGGUCCCUUCCACGGACGGCCAGGGUUUGGCCAUCCGCCUCGUUCAGGCUUCACUGUGCAAGUUCCCGGAGGACCAGCGGCUGGCAAUUCCAACGAAUCCGAAAAACUCACAACCCUUUUUAUAGGUGGCAUCUCAACCGGCGUAACUGACGAAUGGAUGGAGAAAGUUCUCAAGACGUGUGGCGCGUUGAAGGCGUGGAAGAGGGUUAAAGAUCAAUCAGGCAAUCCGAAAGCAUUUGGAUUUGCCGAAUAUGCCAACGCCGAUAGUGUCUUACGAGCAUUACGAGUAUUGGGGGGCGAGGGCGCAGCAGAUGAGAGAAAAGAUAAUGGCGUAGUUUUGCCUGCAUUGGAAGAAGGGACGUCACCAAAAAAACUCUUAGUCAGGGCUGAUGAAGAAACGAGAAAAUAUCUAGACCAAUACGAAGCCGCAAGACCGAGAACGGCGCAUGAUAGCGAACAAGACAAAAAUGCACUACUUGCAGUCAUAGCCGUUAUCGAAGAGAUGACAAAACCGCAGGAUCAAUCAAAUUCCCCGUCAUCAAAAUCUUUGCAAGAGGACGCCAAAUCAACAACAUCUUCACUGGCGGCCGAAAAUUUAGAAAAAAAUGAGGAAACAGACCUUCCUGCUGAUUUACCACCUGAGCAGAAAGACCUGAUAUAUCGCGAAAUAGCAAUAUUUAGAGAACCAAAAGCAGAAAAAGACAGAGAGGAACGGCGCCGUGGGAAUGGGGAUAGAGAUAGGGAUAAUAGGGAUAGACAAUUUGGACAAUAUCAACAACCAAGAGAAAGACGUUGGGAGCAACGCGAAGCAAAAUUUGCAAGGCAGUACGACAGAGAGAUUCGACAAGAAGCAGAUCAGAAGGAAAAGGAAAUACGUGACAGAGAAAUAAUGGCGAGAAAACUCGCUGAAUGGAACGAUGAUGUUGAAGCAGAGCGUGGCACCGAACAAUAUUACAGAGAUCGAUCACGAUGGUGGUACCAUAGACAACAAGUGAGAGCUCGCGAGCUUGCAGCGGACGAACAAGACCGCCUUCAAGAACAAGAAGAAAUAGAGGCAGAAAAACGGCGACAACAGAGAGAACGAGCACUCGAAGAACGUAAACAAAAUGAAGAAUUAAUAGAAAAUGAGAAAGUGACUAAACCUCUUUCCGAAACAGAUACAAAUUCUACUCCUAAUGUACAAGAUAUAAACGGCUCUACGCAAACAAACAAUGGUGGCAUCAAAGCAAAAUUAACACUAAACAUAACAAAUAAACGGCGAGCAGCGGUUAUGGCGGCUGCUGCUGAUGACGAAGAGUCUGACGAAGAUGAAUCAGAGACCAGAUGGAAGAGGCGAGCUCUUGUGCCGUUAGAAUAUAAAAAGGAAGAAUUAUGGAAGUGGGAAGUAAAAUGGGACGAAUUAGAUGAGAAUAUUCUUAAUAAGAAAUUGCAACCGUUUGUAAGCAAAAAAAUUGUACAUUAUCUUGGAGAACAGGAAGACGAACUUGAAUCAUUUGUGAUGGACCAAUUACGUCGUAGAAGACCGGCGGAUGAACUGACGAAGGAGAUGGAAACGACGCUGGAUGAAGAUGCAGAGAUUUUUGUAAUGAAAUUAUGGCGGAUGCUUAUAUUUGAAACGGAAUGUAAAACACGAAAAAUCUAA